AUGGCCCUGAGUUCCUACGUCUUUCACCUCUUCUAUAAAUUCAAAGUGUUGGUGCUUGUUACUUUGUGUUUGAUGGUGCUGUGGGCCACAUUCAGUUACUUUGUGAACUCCAGACAGGAGAUUUCUAAACCUAAGAGCAUGUUGGAGAAUUUCAGAAAGGUAACUAGCCUGGAGGACAGUCAAAAGGAAGAUAAGAUGGAAUCAACUGCCGCAGUUUCCACGUUGAAGUCAUUUCAGGGUCCCUGCCCAACUGUGUCUCCAUACCUGCGAGGUGCCAUCAAACUCACCUUCAAAGCAUCUCUUACACUAGAAGAAGUGGAAAAGGAGAACCCUCAGGUAGCCAAGGGCCGAUAUCACCCUAUGGAGUGCUCAGCAUUGCAGCACGUGGCCAUUCUCAUCCCACACCGCAAUAGAGAGAAACACUUGCUCUACCUCCUGGAGCACCUCCACCCCUUCCUACAGAGGCAGCAGCUGGACUACGGCAUCUACGUUAUACACCAGGCUGGCAACACCAAAUUUAAUCGAGCUAAACUGCUGAAUGUAGGAUACCUAGAGGCCCUAAAAGAAGCAAACUGGGACUGUUUCAUUUUCCAUGAUGUGGAUCUGGUGCCAGAAAAUGACUUUAACAUUUACAUGUGUGACAGACAACCAAAGCACCUUGUAGUUGGCAGGAACAAUACUGGAUACAGGUUACGGUACCGGGGAUAUUUUGGAGGUGUAACUGCUCUAACAAGAGAUCAGUUUUACAAAGUGAAUGGAUUCUCUAACAAUUACUGGGGUUGGGGUGGAGAAGAUGAUGACCUUCGAAUCAGGGUUGAGAUGCAGAAGAUGAGAGUGGUACGGCCAUCUGCUGAUGUAGCCAGGUACACAAUGAUCUUCCACAAACGAGACCAUGGUAAUGAGGAGAAUGGAGAGAGGAUGAAGCUUCUGCGUCAGGUGUCUAGAACGUGGAAAACAGACGGGCUGAACUCUUGUUCAUAUAAACUGCUCUCUGUGGAACAUUACCCUUUAUACGUCAACAUCACAGUGGAUUUCAGCAUGCAGCCCAAGAUCUCAUAAGGGCGAGCAUCACAAAUGGCAACGGAUCAUGUUUGUGGCUGCUGUUGGAGCAGAUGACUCCCAGCACUCAGCUUGAAAGAGAACGGCGAUAGCACAGAAGAAAGUUUUUCUUCACAGCAUCUCAUUGAUUGGUUGAGAAUUUCCCUUUGUGAGGACUGGAGAUGUGGACUGACCCAAGGGACAGGCCC